CCCCGCCCCGCCGGGCGCAGGCGACACCGCCCACACGCGGCAGCGGAGCCGCCGCCGCCACCUCCCGGCCCGACACCCCGUCACCCACCUUCCCCAGCGGCACCGAGCGAGCGAACGGCGCGGAGCUGGCGGCGCCAAGAAACGGGCUCUGAUGCAACAAAGACGAUGAAAUUUGGUUGCCUUUCCUUCCGACAGCCCUAUGCUGGAUUGGUUUUAAACAAAGUCAAAACAGUAGAGACUCGCUGGCAUCCUUUGCUAGCAGACUACAAGAACUGCACCGUUGCUAUUCAUAUAGCUGUUAAGGACUGGGAAGAUGAAACGUGGAGAACGAUUCUUUUGGAUAGGUUUGGUAUGACACCAAAACAAGUGCAAGAUUUGUUGGAUAGAGGGGAAAGAUUUGGCAGAGGAGUUAUUGCAGGAUUAAUUGACGUUGGAGAGACAUCACUAUGUCCAGAAAACUUGCCUCCUGAAAAGAUUCUGGAGCUGGAAAACAAAGCUGUCCUCAGCAACUUAGAACAGAAAUACUUGACUGUUGUUUCAAAUCCAAGAUGGCUCCUGGAACCAAUUCCUGCCAGAGGGGGAAAAGGUGUGUGGCAGGUGGACAUCCCUGAAGAACUGAUCCCUUCAGAAGUGUAGGUGUUGCCUCUCACUGUUAUUUUUCCUGCCUAAAUGCAAACUUGUAAUUCACAAGUCAGCAGUUUCAACGCUAUCAGUGAGUGGUUUAGGCUUCCCUUCCAAAACUGUUUGAAAAAGCAAGUACAGUUGAAGAAUAGCUCUUUUGAGGCAAAAUAAGCAAGAUGUAAUUUUUGUGACCAUUACUGGAUAUUAUUAAUGGUUUAGUAGAUUUUUCAUAUAUAAGUAACUCUUAAGUAAAUGUGAUUUUUAUUUUUAACAUAGAUGGGUGAUGUAUUAUAUGAUGUUCUACAGGCUUCUCAAAAGGAGGUAGAGAUCCACUGUAUGAGGUUUCUGUCCAUGGUGUAAAAGUUCCAGAAAGGACCAGAUUUUCCUCAUUCACAGGUUUGGUACAUUAGAUGUGCAUGUGAUGGGGAAGCAGGCUGCAGUUUAUAGCUCUGUGAUCUGACAGCCUUUAGACAAAGCCCUUUACUAGAAAGAAGGUGCUUGUAUAAAACUAAAUGAAGCACGUAUUAUAAAUUCCUUUCAUUAAGAUGAAAAACAUGAGUAAGCUUUGAAAAUCUAACAUUGAAUUAAAGAGAAGGGGGAAGAGUAACAAAUAGAAGUCAUUCAUUUUGGCACUUUGAGCUACUGGAGUAUAGCUUUCAAAGACUAGAUCUCUGUAAAGCACCUGAAGUCCAACACAAUCCAUCAAAGGAGAUCUUUCUUCAAACAAGAAAAUUCUAUACCAACACCAAUUGAGUUCCUAUCUUGAAAAGUUUAAUCAUUUACACCAACACGAAGUUGGUAAUGAAAACCAAGCUAUAAUACUUAUAUCAGCUGACAGCUGUAAAACCUAGAGCUAAUGUCUCUGGCAUAGGCUGCACACACAAUGCGAGAAGGAACAGCUUAUUCAGCAGUCAGUCUAAUGGGAGAAUGGUGUACAUGCUGCUCGAGAAGAAUUAAAACAUGAAACUGGAAAAGCAACAAAAGCAACACUUGACUCCCAAGCCAGUGCAAAAGUUGAAGUAUUUCCAUGGAAAUUGACAUAGCUAACUCAAAACAAGUGUCUAAGUUGCUAUACAUUCUGUUUCCUCCCAAAAAAGCUUUCCAGUCUUGCCUGAGAAGUGCAACACUCCCGUGCCUGUGGCUGGACAGAAAAAGAAGUAAAGAGGUACUAUAUUAAGGCAUCCCAAAAAAAGCAUUUAAAACAGACAUGGAAAUCAAGUGUAUAUUUAGGACCUAAAAGACACCUGAAAUAGCAUAGGUAUUUCAUACAGGGUUUUUAAAAAAAUACUUUUAGAUAAUACUUAUACUGUACAGGACAAGACUUUUAAACAAUAUAUUACACUGCUAAAAUGUUCAUAUAAAUACUAUACAGGCAAGCGUGCAACCAACCCGUUCACAAAUUAGACCACCAUGUAUCUCUGCAAAAGCUCUCAGAUUAUCUUCAAGAUCGCUGAUUUGUGUACUCCAAGCCACUGAUUUGGCAGUACCCAUUUUAAAGGAACUGGGACAAGGCAUGAGAUGAAAUACAUUUGUCUGCUGAUUCCCAAUUCCCGUUUAAUGUGCUGCUGUCAUCUUAAUCUGGCAUAUCAAUGUUUAACUUGGGAGGUGGAAUCACGUAUUUUCCAGGACUCUGUGUAAUGACCACUCCAGUCUUUUUUCGAAACAUCGGUGCAAUUUUUGGUGGUUCAGGCAGUGGUGUUUCUUCUGUUUCCUCAUGAUCUUCAUGGUGAAGAUCAUAUGAAAUGUUUCCAUACUCUCGUAAGAACGGGAAAAUUUCAAGCAGGAACUGGCAAAAGUCUUUGCGAAUUCCAAACCACCCUAAAAAAACCCAAAAAAAUCAUUUCACAUGAUUGAAGAACAGAAUGAAAAUGUAAUAAAGUAGUCAGGCUACGCAAUCUCAUGACAUGUGGUGGCAUAGGCAGACACAGAUUAUUAAAUCUAUGCACUCAAUAUUCCCCAAAUAGUUUUGUUAGCCAAAUACAAUGUGAUGACAGGACUCCUUGCUAUUACCUGCACUAGAUUAGAAAACGGUCACAACUAAGCAGCAGAGAGCACUAUUUGGCCAAAGAGGAGAGAGAACACUAGUUCAGGUGACUAGGACAAAUGCUAAGGGAAAAAUGGUGCUAUGCUGUUUUCAGAACCCAGAGCAGAAAGAUCCAGUCACAUCCCAUGAGAAUGAAACCCACGGAAAUAAGGAAGGAUAAAAAGCUAAGUGGAAAUUAAAAUCCCAUUGAGAUUUCAAGUUGAGUCCAAGCAGAAGUUACGCUCUUAUAGGAAUGAGAAAAAAAAAAAAGCAAGAGACACCAUAAACACUGAAAACUUACUAAAAUCACCUGAAAAGAGUAACAGACACAUCAGAAUUAUUUCAUGAGGGCACAUACACAAAAAAGUCCUUUUUGAAAAUACAAAUAUUAAUAAAAUGCAUUAAGCCUGGA